CCAUCCCUUUCCACCCUUGCUGAGCUUGUCUUCGGCCUGAGUCUGGCGCUCCGUACAGAAAGGCUGACGGAUGGCCGACCAAGCUCGAUGGUGCUCAAGUACUUCAGUGGCAUACUUGCGUACUCAAAAGUAACUAAAAGCUUCCUCAACGCUUAUGCUUGUACGCCUCAUUUGUCUGGACUCGCAUAUAUACAGUGA